AACGACCGUAUCCCAUUCAAUCCGUUUCACUCUUUGUACGUGACCGGAUUAAUCUUUUGUGGGGGGAAAAGUCGUGCAUAUAACGGUUGUGUAACGCAUAAUAAUUCAUUCUCAUCAACUCAGCACUGGCCGGCGAUCCCACCAGUAGUGAACCGAUCAUGGGUGACGAGAAAACGAGCGUUUUGUUAACCUCGAUUGGACAAGUACCCGGCGGAAAGAAGGAUGUGGCGAGACCCACAUGGAGCGGGCGGAUGGAGUUCAUUCUGGCCACGGUGGGCUAUGCGGUCGGGCUUGGCAAUGUCUGGAGAUUCCCCUACCUGUGCUACAGUAGCGGUGGAGGAGCUUUUUUGGUGCCCUACCUCAUAAUGGUAUUCUUGUGUGGCAUCCCGCUGCUUCUUAUGGAGUUUGCCAUUGGCCAGUUCACUAAUCUAGGGCCAGUGCACGCCCUAGCCAAAGUCUGCCCUCUGUUAAAAGGUGUUGGUCUUGCAACUGUGAUAAUAUCCUACGUCUUCUGCACCUACUACAAUGUGCUCAUGAGCUGGGCUCUUUUCUAUUUGUUUCGCUCCUUUGGAGCAACACCUCCUUGGAAGACUUGUAACAACAGCUGGAAUGUCUUUGAGAACUGUUCCAGUGGUUUCCCCGGCAAUGCCACAGAUAUGCAGUCCGCGAGUCAACAGUUCUUUGAUCGCAGGCUUCUGGAGAAAACCAGUGGCAUCGAAGAUGUUGGUGGCUUUCAGUGGGAACUCUUUGGCUGUCUCUUACUUGCCUGGGGCUUAGUGUAUUUAUGCAUUUUUAAAGGAGUCAGAUCAUCUGGCAAGGUUGUUUAUUUCACUGCUACAUUCCCAUACUUCAUCUUGUUCGCCCUGCUCAUCAACAAUAUGCAGCUACCUGGUGCCAAGGAGGGUGUCCUGUACUUUGUGACUCCUGUCUGGAACAAACUUUUUGAAGUCAAGGUUUGGGUUAAUGCAGCAGCCCAAGUGUUCAAUUCCCUGGGAAUUGCUUUUGGUUCCAUGAUUUCACUGGCAAGUUACAAUAAGUUCAACAACAACAUCACGAGAGAUGUUUUGAUUGUAUCAUUCAUCAACUCCUUCACAAGCAUUCUGGCUGGCUUUGUGAUCUUCUCAGCUAUUGGCUACAUGGCACACAUUCAUAAUCUCCCCGUGGACAACAUAUCAACAGACGGUCCCGGUCUUGUGUUUGUUGUGUACCCUGAAGCCCUCUCCACUAUGCCGGCCUUUCAGCUGUGGGCUCCUCUCUUUUUCUUUAUGCUGCUCUGUCUUGGUCUGGACAGCCAGUUUGCCACACUUGAGGUGGCUUUGACAUUCAUAAAAGAUGAAUUUAGAACACAAAUUCUGCACUUUCUCAAGAGGGAAGAGCUAUUGGCCCUGCUUGUUUGUAUUGUCAGCUUUCUUUUUGGACUUCCACAUGUUACAAAGGGUGGUAUAUAUGUGUUUCAGUUGAUGGACCACUACACUGCUGUGGUGUCCCUCAUGUUCUUGGCUUUCUUUGAGGUUAUUGCAGUCUGCUGGUUGUUCGGGGUCCGCCGCAUCUCUUAUAUGAUUGAGAAGAUGCUCGGAAAGCCUGCGAACAUCUUCUUUCGCGUGUGCUGGUUCCUUAUCUGUCCUUUGCUGGUGCUGUGCAUACUGGUCUCCAGCAUCAUCCAGUACACUCCUGUUCAGUAUGGGACAUAUAAGUACCCGUUGUGGGCUGAAGUGGUGGGAUGGGGCGUCUCACUGGUCUCUCUGAUCUGGAUUCCCAUUGGAGCCAUUCAUGAGAUCUAUAACAACAAAGGCUCUUUUCUCUCGAGACUGAAAACAGCUGUGACUACCACAGUAGAGCUGGCUGUUGAUGAUCCUCUACCUGAAAAACAAAAACUUGGCAGCUCGGCGGCAGAAACAGCAAGAGAACACAUUGAUACAGUACUUUGAUAUGGGAGGGGUAAUGUCUUUUUUUUUUUGCAUCAUGGAAAAAAAUUAACUGAGAAAGAAUCUCAGUAUACUGUGCAUAAGUCAUUCACUCUCAAAGACGUCUUCAAACGUCUUUUCAGACUAGGUCCAGAAUUGGCUCGUACUGAAUGAGUUAAAAUAAAGCUAUUUAAUUGCAGUUGGAAAUAAACCAUGACAGUUUUUAAUUUGACACACUUGAAAUGUCUAACCAGACAUAUCAAAGUUCAAAGCCCUUGUUUUUAAAUCCAAAGUGUCUUACCGGGCCUGAGUAGAAAGUGAGUGCUUGUGAAUGCAGAUGUUUUUGCAUUUGAUUUUCAUAACUUUGCAUUUCUGGCAAUCCAUUUGCAUACUUUUGCCUGGCAGAUCUGAACGGGAAUUCACAUCAGCGCAAAAUCAAAAUCAUUAAAUCAUCAAAAUCUGAUUAUACUCUCAUUGUGUGCAAUGGGCUGCACAUAUACAGUGUAUGUCCUAUACCUGAAAGCCAAACUGCAAGUCUCAGUUUAACAUAAAUUUGCCUUAAAAUCUUUUUUUUUUGACGGGUUGGGAGGAGGGUGGCUGAAUUACAUGUGUUGAUAUGUGUACAAUCAUAAUCUAAAAUGACACAUGCACGGGCUUUUGCAGCUAAUAUAAUUUAUUUGAACACAUGAACUCAAAACUAAAUGAAUGUACAUGCUGAAUAGCCUUAAACAGAUUAUAACAAUUCAAAUGACAUAGCUUUGUUUCACAACAACCAUGAAUGUAUUUAAUGUAUUUUUAAAAAAUCUAUGCCUUACUGUAAUGUUAAGGCAUAUUUUUAAUUUCACUUCUCUAUGACAAAUCAGUCAACUUGUCAUAUACAGUAAUCCCUCAUUUAUCGCGGUUAAUGGUGACCAAAACUACCCGCGAUAAACGAAAAUCCGCGAAGUAGUGUCCAUUUAACCUAAACAGGUAAAAAAAAAAAACUUUUUUUAAAAGUCUGAAAACGGGCCGCGAAAAGCUGCAAAACAACAGCGAGUCAUAUAGAGCAACAUAUACAGUACUGUACUCCAUGUAUGUUUAAAAAAAAUUAAUGUUUGAAAAAAUCUGCGAUGCACUGAACCCACGAUAAACGAACCGCGAAGUAGCGAAGGAUCACUGUAUAAAGCAUGUGUGCAAAAAAAGUCAACACACUCCUGUACAAAUGCCUGUUUUUUUUCUAAAAUGAAAACGAUGAACUCAAGAUAGAUUAUUGCAAAGCUUUUCCCUCUGUACAACUCUAUUGACAAAAGGGGAAAAACAACCUUUAGAGAGGAAAAAUAAAAAUCUUAGAUGUGCUUAGGUGAGUGAGCAAAAACUGACAAGAUCUUGAAUAACGACUGGGGAAGGGACCACGAAAACCAAAGUCAGUGUCAAAAUUGUCAUCGGAAUCAGAAAGGAGGUUAACAAAAUUGGGGCCUUAUUCACAAUACGAAAAAUCUGACUCUAAAAACAAAACAUGGGGGUGGUAAAAUAGAUGCUGGCACAUGAAAAACUGGGGCGAGUAGAAGGCACAGGUGAAAGAGACAUGGAGGAAAAGACAGUUUACACGAAGGGUGUGGGGGUGGUUGGCAGACUGAGGAUGAUAGCAGCCAGUAGGCGCUUGUGACAUCCUACGCGACCCAUCGAGAAGGAGCGACACGAGGGGUUGGCGCUGAAAAGGCCUGUGAAGCGUUCACUCCCUGAUUGGAGGUGGAGGAAUGGGUCGUUGGUAGCAGUUAGUGAUGUUUGUGGCUCAAUGGAUUGUGUUUGAGUAUGCUGGGUUCAUGACUGGUCAGCAUGUACUGUCAGGUGAGGAGCGGAAUUUGGACCCAGAAGCAGACAUGAUGCAGACGUUGAAAAGUCUUUAUCUACCAACAUCCAAAGUCAAGGCAUAGUGCUGGAUGCAGAAGACAAGGAAGACCUAUAGUCACAUGCUAGGUAACUGGGCCCUGCCAAUUCUGGAUUUAGAUUUAUUUUGAUGUGCUUCGCUUGGAUUUGUUUUGCAAAAUUUGAAAGAUAUUUAUUCCCUUGUCGAUUUGUAAAUUUUGGGUCACUUUAUAGACAGCGCAUGAGUAACUUGUACGGGAAACAAUUACUUGGCACCAUGCCUUGGCACAAAUAACGUGAUGAGUAUUCAUUUUUUUUUCUCUUACUGUCUUGCCUUCUUGCAUUCUUUAUGAUCAUAUGCAACAAAAAAUGCCUUUUACUUCAUAUAUGCCAUUUCCACAUUGACCUCAACAUGCAAAUUCACUUUUAUGGCAACUCCUACAUGAAAUCAUUUAUUUUAUAUCGUUAUCUAUAUCAGUAUUUUUGUCGUGCUGAAUGAAAUUGGAUGUAUGCUGUUAUUUUGGUCAAUAAACAGUUGAAGUUGCCCUCA